GCUGGAUUUCUUAUCUCUCCACUCUCUCUCUCUCUACUUCCACUAUACAGAUAACCAAACUCAACAAGGAACAGGAAAACCUUGCCCCAAAAAACAAGCAGGAACUGAAAAAGAUAGCUUCCCUUCUUGAUCUUCUUCUUCUUCUUCGUCACUAGUCCUCCUAUUUCAAACGUUUCUUCCUUAAUGGCUGCAGACUCCAACCCAAGCUCCUCACACAACCUGAGAAUCACGGUUGAAAGAAACCCAUCUGAAUCGCGGCUAACCGAGUUGAACAUCAAGUGCUGGCCCAAAUGGGGUUGCUCGCCAGGAAAGUACCAGCUUAAGUUUGAUGCAGAGGAAACAUGCUAUUUGUUGAGAGGGAAGGUGAAGGCAUACCCAAAAGGCUCAUCAUCUGAGUUUGUAGAGUUUGGUGCCGGAGACCUUGUGACCAUCCCAAAGGGACUUAGUUGCACUUGGGACGUGUCUGUUGCAGUGGACAAACACUACAAAUUCGAAUCAAAUUCAUCAUCAUCAUCGUCAUGAACUUCUUCUAAAUAAGUACUCCGAUUAUUAUUUACCUUCUGAUCUAUUCAUCAACAUAUUAAUAUUCUUUGAAAAGAAAAAAAAAAGUUUAUGUUUA